AUGGUGGGCUACGCUGUGGGCCUGGGCAACGUCUGGCGGUUUCCGUAUCUCACCUACCAGAAUGGCGGAGGUGCUUUUCUAAUCCCGUACACCCUGAUGUUGGCAUUAGCUGGCUUGCCCUUAUUUUUCAUGGAAUGUUCCCUUGGGCAGUUUGCCAGUCUAGGGCCAAUUUCUAUCUGGAGAAUAUUACCGUUGUUUCAAGGAGUGGGCGUCACAAUGGUCAUCAUCUCAACAUUUGUGUCGAUCUACUACAACGUUAUCAUUGCUUACGCACUCUACUACUUAUUUGCCUCAUUUCAAAAAGUGCUACCGUGGUCAGAUUGCUUUUCCUGGGCAGAUGAGUUCUGCAGCAAAAUACGAUUAGUAAGCGACUGCAAUGCAACCUUACAUGGAGAAAUCAUUCAUGCAAACUACUCGUUCAUCACAAGCAACAACCUCACAUGUAUGAAUGGCACCAUGAACUACAAACCAGUGCAAUUUCCCAGUGAGCAAUACUGGAAUAAAGUGACUCUCCAGCGCUCCAGUGGGUUGGACGAGACUGGUAACAUCGUGUGGUACCUGGCUCUCUGCCUCCUGCUGUCCUGGAUGAUUGUUGGAGCUGCACUGUUUAAAGGAAUAAAAUCUUCCGGAAAGGUCGUCUACUUUACCGCGCUCUUCCCAUAUGUCAUCCUGCUCAUCUUGCUGGUGCGAGGUGCCACCCUGGAAGGUGCUCUGGAUGGCAUCGAAUACUAUAUUGGGAGACAGUCCAACAUCACCAAGCUGAUGGAGGCAGAGGUUUGGAAAGAUGCAGCCACCCAGAUAUUCUACUCCCUGUCCGUGGCAUGGGGCGGGCUUGUUGCUUUGUCUUCAUAUAAUAAGUUCCACAACAACUGCUACUCGGAUGCUAUUUUUGUUUGUGUAACCAACUGUGUCACCAGCGUAUUUGCUGGGUUUGCAAUAUUCUCCAUCUUGGGACAUAUGGCAUUCGUGUCCGAGAGACCCGUCUCGGAGGUCGUGGACUCAGGAUUUGAUCUGGCAUUUGUAGCCUACCCAGAGGCUCUCUCCAAGUUACCAGUUUCUCCUCUGUGGUCCUUCUUGUUUUUCUUCAUGCUCCUGCUCUUGGGCCUUGACUCUCAGUUUGCCACCAUAGAAACACUUACAACCACCAUACAAGAUAUAUAUCCUGAAGUGAUGAAAAAGUUAAGAAUGCCUAUAACCCUGGGUGUAUGCAUAUUGCUCUUCUUUCUCGGUCUUAUCUGUGUUACUCAGGCAGGAAUUUACUGGGUUAACCUAAUAGAUCACUUCUGUGCUGGAUGGGGAAUCCUUAUUGCAGCAGUCCUGGAGAUAAUAGGCAUCAUCUACAUUUAUGGAGGAAACAGGUUCAUUGAAGACAUUGAAAUGAUGAUUGGAAAGAAGAGCCGUGUAUUCUGGCUGUGGUGGAGAAUGUGCUGGUUUUUCAUUACUCCUGUGCUGUUAAUGGCAAUUUUGGUCUGGUCUUUGAUCACGUUUUCACCUCCCACUUAUGGCUCAGUGUUAUAUCCAGCCUGGGGAACUGCUGUUGGCUGGUGCAUGAUUAUCUUCUGCGUCAUCUGGAUUCCCAUCAUUGCUAUUGUAAAAAUAGUUAAAGCUGAAGGAAACCUUUGUCAGCGCAUUGUAAGCUGCUGCAGGCCCGCUGCAAACUGGGGUCCCUACCUGGAAUGUCACCGAGGAGAAAGAUACAGCCAUGUUGUAGAUCCCAAAAAGGAAAAGGAACACGAGAUUCCUACUGUGGCUGGCUUUGUAUACACUCAACAAUGA